GCCCAUUGGUUGGCAGAUAAUGGCCAUUACAGAGAAGAGCUUAGGGCCUGCCCACCGUUUACCCUCGGCGAUAGACGCUGACCACAUACGGCGGCCAGAAGAUUGGGAAAAGAUAGUGCAGGGGUUUAGAAACUCUGACUCCCAGUCGUUGCGCAUUCUUUCCAACGGAACGGCAGAUAAAUGCAGCAGCGCCGAUAUCAAUGGGAGGAAGCCCAAACGGCACCCGUCCCGAAAACUCCCUGUGCUGUUAUGCACACCGCGUCUCGUUCAACAUCUAAUUAGCUCCAUAAAGGCUUGUCUAGUAACUAGUUCCACGCUUACAGAGCUGGAGUUGGCUGGAAUCCCUUUGCAGCCGGAGUUUCUGCUGACACUUUCCAAGGGCUUGUCGCAUGCAAGGUGUUUGAAACGAUUUUCGUUAGCUCGUAGUCACAUUGGUGACGAAGGUCUAUAUGUGAUCUCGCCUUCCUUGAAAACUCUGCGAUCGCUGUCAAUUUUGAACUUUGGAGCAUGUAAUCUGACAGCCAAAGGUGGAGCUAUUUUGGCGGACCUCCUCAAUGGGCGCGCGAUCAAGCGGCAGGCCGCUAUAUGGGAACGCACGCUUCGAUCGACACAUUUUGGCACUCGAUCCGCAUUUCAAACAUCUAGCACGUCCAACUCGUCUCAAGCAUCUGUCCAAGGGGUACCCGCAGCCAUCAAGCGAUUGAUAUUGUCACAUAACGAUUUGGGUGACACGGGCGUGCAUUACCUAAUGGAGUCGCUGGUAGAGGAGAUAGGACUUCUCGCAUUAGAUUUGCAGUUUAAUGCGAUAACUGAUGUUGGGGCGAGAGUAGUGGAGCAAGUUCUCCAUCUCAAUAAAGAGCUAGUACUUGUGGACUUACGCAGCAAUUCGUUAGAUGAAACAUUAUGGGAUGCUGUAUGCCGAAUGCUUAGCGAAAAUACGAACAAAGAUCCUCCAACGGGAGUAGAAGGAGGUGGCUACCGGGAAAUAGUGCAAACAAAGUCUGAUGAUCCUGAUUUGCGAUGGCUGAAUGGCUUGGAUCCACUCAAAAACACGUACUACCAUCCUCCGCCAAGGUUCAAGUUUCGAGGUGUGUCACGAUACAAGCAACAAAGUGUGAGCGCUACGAAACUGCACAAAGUGACCUCUUCGCAGCCGCUGGCACCGCGACCUCCCUUCAAAGUUGGUAUUGCUCCCACGAAAAAACCAGGAAAGGACAUACUGACGGUACGCCAUGCUGCCCAUACACCUACCAAGAAAGUAUUGGGCAAGGAAUCUACGUCCACGAAAAGCUUCUCCGGUUGUAAUGUAUCAUCUCCCCCACAUCGAAGUGUUGUCGUGGUUCCUCAGGCCUCAAAGGGAAAUCAACGAGCGAAUCAAACACCUUCACCGCAACAACAUUUAUUCAACUCUGUCAACGUUAGGUCAUGGGUCAAUGGAACAUCAAACGGACAAUCCCCAUCGGGAGAUAUAAACGAGAUGAACGUCCUACUAGAGAACGCCCUCUUGAGGCGGCGCUUAAGAGAAAUGGAGGAGACAUUAUUGAGGCAGAAGAAAACCCCUGGGAGGACUUUGUCGACGCCGGAUGUGAGACUAGAUUUGGAUGGGGACACGUCUUUCCCAAUCAAGCGACCUGACCUUGUCAACGGACAUGAAGCUUUGCAACUAUCAGCUGAUCGGACAGAUGAAAGGAUCUCACGCGCUAGCUUCCAACCAACGGAAGCAGAGACGGAGGACCCAUGUGAGGAAAUGCUACCUAACCCACAACUCGAUUCAUUAAUACAAUUGAUGGAAGCCUCGUUGAAAGGAUUUCACGCGCUUCUGGAUCGUAUGGAAGCUGAUGAGCGCGUGCGGCGAAAACGUAGACGAAGACGCGCCAAAGAGCGCAAUACACACCGAUCAAAAGACACAAUGGAGCCACCUGAGCCUGGAAAAGAAAGCGAACAUCUGUCCAUAUCAAUGUUGCCGACAGAUAGUGGUGAUAAACAUGAAAGGAAAGCGAUGGAGAUUGGAAAUCAGCUACAUCUCAGUGACUUGGCAGUCGAUGAUGCAUCAUCUCUGUUUGAGGAAUUAGCUAAUUUGCGAUCCGAAGCACAGGAUCUCAUAAAUGCAAGCUGUUUGGAUGAUGACUCAGUAGCAUGUUAGUAUUUAGAUAUGACUAAUGGAAAUAAGACAAGUCAAGGUGAUAUUUACAC